AGAUAGCAAUCCCAAAUCAAAGCCAUCUGAGUUUGGAAAAGAGGGAUCAUGCGAUUAUAGGAAAUGGACAAGGUGAUGAUCAAAACUCCUCAGAAAGCAUAGAAAGCAACCCCGAUGAGUGAGUGCACGCAGCUGCUCACUAUAUAAACAGCAACAUGUGGACGAGACGCGCUCAAGUUUCCUGAUCACACCGACUGUCAGAACAAAGCGGCGCAAACGCGACGCGCUCCAGCGUUUGAGCGAUGUGUGGAUUAUUACCGCGCGUAUUAUUAUGAGUGGCCAUGGCGUGGUGUGACCGUGGGAUUCAGAUGCUGCUGGCAACCGUGGGGGCUUUCGUGGCGUUUAGUCUGAUGAGCAUCGCCAUCGGGACCGACUACUGGCUUUAUUCUCGGGCAUAUAUCUGUAACGCCACCAACAGCAGCACGGACGAGACGCAGACGCAGCCCAAGGUCCGCGGAGAUCUCACGCACUCAGGGCUCUGGAGGAUCUGCUGCAUAGAGGGUCUCAACAAAGGAAGUUGUUACAGAAUCAAUCAUUUCCCAGAUGACAAUGACUAUGACACAGACAGCUCUGAAUAUCUCUUACGUAUUGUGCGCGCCUCCAGUGUGUUCCCCAUCCUCAGUACCAUUCUGCUGUUGCUGGGGGGGCUAUGUGUCGGGAUAGGACGCAUCUACAACAAGAGGAACAACAUAUUACUCAGUGCAGGGAUACUAUUUGUGGCAGCAGGUUUGAGCAACAUCAUCGGUAUAAUCGUCUACAUCUCCAGCAAUGCCGGUGACCCCAGUGACAAACGAGACGAAGACAAGAAGAACCAGUAUAACUAUGGUUGGUCGUUCUACUUCGGAGCGCUCUCUUUCAUUGUGGCUGAGGCAGUGGCCGUUCUGGCUGUCAGUAUCUACAUUGAGAAGAGCAAGGAAGUACGAUUCAAAGCGCGUCGUGAGUUCAUCAAGUCUACCUCGUCCUCUUCACCGUAUUCUCGCAUACCUAGCUUUCGCUAUCGUCGACGGCACUCGCGCUCCAGCUCUCGUUCAACAGAAGCAUCUCGCGAAGCAUCACCUGUGGGCAUGAAGAGGAUGAGCUCGGUGCCUGUCGGAGAGAUCAGCAUGUACACAUUGACAAGAGACCCCCUCAAGUCAGGGACGGACGGCUCCUACAGCCCAGACCACGAUUCGGGAUUCCUCCAAGUGCACAACUGCUUUUCCAAAGACCUUAAUGAUGGUAUCAGCAGGAGGACAACACCUGUAUGAGGGUACACACUGGAAUGGAAGAGAUAAUGUUAAGGCCAUACUGAAUGGAUAGCCAUCAGGGCUCAGUGGCCUGUGGCAGAUGCCAGUGGAAGGGACACUCAUUGGUGAAGGCAGUCAACCAGUGACGUCUCUCAUCGGUGAAGGAGAAGCAGGAAAGAAGUUAAGAAGGAAAGAUUUCAUCUUGACAUUCAACAACCAUUGUGAACACGCUAAUUUGUUUUUCUCCUUGCUUGGUCCUCACAUAUAAACAGGAACUUUCAGAGAGGCUCAUCUCUCAUCAAAGGGCAAGACAUGCAAAUGUAAAAUGGAUGGUCUUUGGCAGAUAUUAAGAACUUUGAGUAAGCCAGUCCAUUCCCUUGGUUGAUAAAUAUCUUUUUGUUUGUCAGUACAGUGCCAUACUCUCAAUGUAUACCAAUGUGAUAAUGACUCUCACAGUAUGAGAUGGUGCUAACAUAGGCUCACAGCUGGAGCCUUCCCACUAUUGUGUGUUCAGUACAGACUCGAAUUGAAUACUGAACGCCCUUGUUCGUGUCAUAUGUUUGUAGCCACAGUUGUCUAUUCAGUGUGCCUAUCAUCUUGGCAGUAUCAACUGCUCAGACUUACUCUGGAGCCACUUUGCAACAGUGCAAAACUGUAUUCCUCUCGUUUUGUUGUUGUUGUUAACUAGAAAUAUCAGUUGUAUUACUAAAUAAUCACUGGGACAAUUUAGUUUAGGAGAUUUAUGACUACUAAUUGUAUAUAAACACCCUGCUGAAAAGACCAGCUUGGAUUUUCAUGAUGUUCUGACUGGUUUGUUCUGGUCUGGUGCUUUCCUAUGUGGCGAACCUGCUUAGACAUGCUGUUCAUCAGCAAAAUUUGACCAAGGAAGUCUUGCUGGUUAAAGUCAGCAUGAUAUAGUAUUUGCAACCUAUUUUAUUUUUGUCAUAUGACGUAUCUCUGAAUGAAAGGCUGGAUUGGACUUUGCCCAUUGGAAACUGAUUGGAUUCUGAAAAGUUUACUCACGUUCCAAAUAAAAAAAAAAUUCCAAUAAUGUCCAGGCAGCUAUUUUCCAUAUAAAGAAUGUGAAUGAGAAUCGGGGCUGUAGUUAACCAGAAUUAUGUCUUUAAUCAUCUCCAUGAUACCAGUUGCAAUCACCAGGCUGGAAAGGAAGAUUAUCAGUGAAUAAUAACUUGGAUUACUAAUGGACUACUAUUAUGAUGCUUUUUUGUCAAGUGUACCUUAUGACUCAUACACGAUAUUCCAAGUGACUGAACCAUUGAGUCACCUUAGAAGGAAAUCAGUCCAAUAAAUGAAUCAUUCCAACUGUUUGUGUGAACUUGAUUGUACAAAAUACACUGAAAUGAUUCGACUCAAA